ACCACCGCCCGUAAAUCUUCGCACUCAGUCUUAAGCGCUUCAACCCCUUCUCCCUCGCACGUCUCAUCCAUUCUGUUAGAAGAGGUUGUUAAGAAGAAAUUGAAGUCCUAGGGUCAACAUGGGUCAAUUGGUCUUAGUUUGGGAGCGGGGAGUCAGAGACUUCCCUUUUAAAAUCGCGUAAAAUAUCGCUCCCAAAAUGUAAAUAGCACCCAUUCACCCGAAGCCGCUUCCUAGGCCUGCCCAAGUCGCAGAUCUGUUGUACCCCUAAUCAGAAAGUACCUGCUCGAGGCCAUAGCCAAUAGGGUUGGAGGUCUCAAGCUUCUGCAGCCCUUAAGACUCUAAGCCACGCCCGCGGGGUUUUUCAAGUCCUGAUCUGCACUGUAAGGAAGGACAUUCCCCAAGAAGGGUCAGAUAUGUGUGGUGCACUACACAGGAAUGCUCCAAAAUGGCAAGAAAUUUGAUUCAUCCAGAGACAGAAACAAACCUUUCAAGUUCAGAAUUGGCAAACAGGAAGUCAUCAAAGGUUUUGAAGAAGGCGCUGCCCAGAUGAGCUUGGGGCAGAGGGUGAAGCUGACCUGCACUCCUGAUGUGGCAUAUGGAGCUACUGGCCACCCUGGUGUCAUCCCUCCCAAUGCUACCCUCAUCUUUGACGUGGAGCUGCUCAACUUAGAGUGAAGGCAGGAAGGAACUCGAGGUGGCUGGAGAUGGCUCCUGCUCUCUGUCCUAGCCUGCUCUGCCACUGGGAUGGCUCCUCCUACACAGGGCUCUUGAUCAGUGUGCUGACCUCACUGCCCCUCGACAUUGUCCAUUCUUUCCGCCCGACUUGCUCUGUAUGUGUCCGCCACUUUAAUUAUUCCCAUAUGUCUUUGCUUGAGGAAAGAUCCAUUUUGUGUGUUGCAUGUACUAGCCAUUCCUGAUCAGAGGACACAGAUCUUGUUUGCACAAUCUAUAUUGCCUUACCUGUACUUAAGCCAGACAUACAAGGUGCUCAGACAUGCGCUGUUCACGGUUCCAUGGAGGGACUUGAGCCAGUUACCUUUGCUGUCACUUUCUUAUCUUCUGUUGGCUGCCCACUUUCAGCAGUGCCCUCUUUGGAAAUACUAUGUAAAAUAAAUGCUCCAUGCUUGGCA